AUGCAGGGCGCGACGGUACAGGCGCCGGGUCUGUCAACCUACCUGAAGUCACUAAAGAGUACUCCAGUGGACGCCUCGGUGGAGCAUUUCAUCUCACUUCUCAAACGGCGACAAAUACGGAACUCGAGACCAUGUGCCAUUGCGACGACAGCCCUUCUUCUGCGCGUGGUAGGCGAGUUCAAGGGCAGGGAUGCCGCCAAGCUCAUUGAGCGCAUAAAGCAAGUCGGCAGGCGGUUGACAUCGGCGCAACCACACGAGGUGGUGGUGGGAAACAUCGUACGGCGCGUACUGGGACUGGUGCGCGAGGUGGUCGACGAGCAUGCCGAAGGGCAAACACCAACAGGCAGCGAGCCAGGCUACUCAACACCACAUGCACACGCGCAGCACGACUCUCUCCACAGACCAGCGCUCAACUCAAGCAUAUCCACAUUCAGCCCUCUCCGGCAUGCCGUUGCCGAACCCAUGCCCACGAGCGUCUUCACCGACAACGCCUCUGACGUUAGCGAACCCUCGAGACGGCCCCCGUUGCUCACCUCACAUACGUCGUACGCGCCUACCUCGUCCGCUCCCCUCGUCCACUCGCUCUUCGGCCUCUUCUCCCAGCCAGCAGAUACACCCUCAACUACAAGCACCCCUACAGGGCAGGCGUCGCCAAACGGCAAGAGCACGCUGACGGCACUCAAUUUGGAGCGCCUCGAGGGCAUCAACAAGAGCCAAAAUCUGGACUUGAAGGGCGAAGUCAUGGAGGGCAUAAGAGAACUUCAGGACGAGCUCGAAACCUCAGACAAGCAGAUUGCCGAAGUCGCCCUCGAGCACAUACACGCCAACGAAAUCAUCCUCACCCACACCGCGUCCACAACAGUCCAGAAGUUCCUUCUGUUCGCCGCACGAAAACGCAAGUUCACAGUCGUGCACGCCGAGACGUAUCCCCACGACCACACUGCCACGCAUGGCAUCCUUCUUACAGGAAAGAAGCGAGAGGCGAAUCCAGAUGACGACGAGGACGACGACAAGUGGAAGCCCCUCACCGAUGCUGGCAUUCAAGUCUACGUCAUCCCCGACUCCCACGUCUUCGCCAUAAUGUCCCGCGUCAACAAGGUCAUUCUGGCGACCCAUACUGUGUUAGCCAACGGCGGUCUGGUAGCCGCAGCUGGAGCACACAUGAUUGCAAAGGCCGCAAAGGAGCACCAGACACCUGUUGUCGUACUCAGCGGUGUAUACAAGCUCAGCCCAGUCUACCCAUUCGACAUCGACGAACUGAUCGAACACGGUGACGCCGGAAGUGUAGUUCCCUACGACGAUGGCGAAUUCGUUGACAAGGUCGAUGUUGAGAACCCACUAUACGACUAUGUUCCCGCAGACCUUGUGGAUCUCUACAUCACGAACCUUGGCGGACACGCACCUUCAUACCUCUACCGCAUCGUAGCAGACCACUACCGCACCGAGGACAUCACCUUAGCAGGAGAUUCUGCGCUUGCAAUCAUGCAGUGGCCGGACUCAAUGAACAUUACUACCAACGUAUCACGCAUUGAGCUCCAAGCACCACAAGGCUGCAAAGUUACUGCACACGAUCUUCGCCCAAAUCCUCUCGCCUCAACAAACCCCAACCUCCACUGCGUCCAAGGCGACAUCAGUUCCGAAGCCUCCAUCCAGGACUCCAUAUCCCAAGCUAUCAACCAUUUCUCACAGCCUAUCAGCAUUCUCUGCGCCAACGCAGGUAUCACAGAUGAAUCUUCCAGCUAUCCUAUCUGGGAUAUGCCCAGUGAGCUCUGGGACCGUACCUACGCUGUCAACGUGCGUGGCACGUACCUGACCAUUAAACAUUUUCUCAAAUCCAUCGAGAAAUCACAAAGUGACACUGGCAAGCAAGUUGAAAAUGUCAGUGUCGUGGUGACAGGGUCCGAGUGUGGAGUCUUCGGUCAGGCAGGUCAUGUGGAAUAUGCGAGUGGGAAAGCAGGGCUACAAUACGGUCUUGUGAAGACAGUGAAGAACGAGAUUGUUAGGCUGAAUAAGAGCGCGAGGAUCAAUGCCGUCGCGCCCGGAUGGGUGGAGACCAAGUUGAUUGAAGGGAGGUUGGACGACCCAGGGGAGAUGUGGAGGGAGGCAGAGGCUACUGUGCCGCUCAGGAAAAUUGCUCAGCCGACCGACGUAGCGAGAGCAGCUGCUUUCCUGGCAAGCCAUCGCGCUGCAGGUCAUAUCUCCGGACAAUGUAUAUCUGUGGAUGGCGGUAUGGAAGGUCGCAUUGUGUGGUCCGAAGACGAAGUUCGCAAAUCACAGGCAACUGCUGUUGAGCCCGAAACACCAUCUCUCAACGCGACUGGUGAGGCCGAGAUAUUUGGUACCGCAACCGAAGGGGUCUCUCUAGCUAGUAGAACCACCUCAGCAAUGGCUAUCCCGACCAUGUCAUCUCUCGGCAGUUCUCAACCAACACAGAAGCCGAAGAUCAAGAUCCUGCUCUCUGUGGAUUUUGAUGCAGUAUCGGGCUGGCUUGGUACUGGCCAACACCCCGACAAUAACCUAGCGGACUACAGCACUGGCUUCUUCAGUGGCCAUGUCGGAGUUCCACGACUACUCAAGCUCUUCGCAAAGCAUGGCAUCGCAAACAAAGUAACCUGGUUUGUGCCUAUGCAUAGUGCAGAAUCUUUCCCAGAAGAAUUUGCCGCCAUCAAGAGCAGCGGUGCGGAGAUAGGCUUACACGGUUAUUGCCACGAAGGCGCCCCUCAGCUUACGCCCACCCAAGAACGCGAAGUUCUCGAGCACUGUAUAAGUCUCUACCAGGAACUACUAGGAAAGCGUCCACUGGGCUAUCGCGCACCGCUCUAUCAGCUCCGCGAAAGUACCGUGGAGUUACUAGAGGAGUACUCUUUCCUCUAUGACUCCUCGCUCUCCCACCACGACAGCAAACCAUACUACCUCCCCAACCUCCCACCCAUCAAAGCGCCAAAGUACACCGAAGAGGCCUCCGCGAAAGACUGGAUGAAACCCCUGCCUAAACCCAGUGCCCCCACAGCCAAAACUCUCGUCGAGAUUCCAGCAAACUGGUACACAGAAGACAUGACGCCUCUCCAGUAUCUCCCCAAUGCACCCAACUCGCACGGCUACGUCGACGUUCGCGUUAUGGAGAAUAUGUGGAAGGACAAGUUUGAGUGGAUUAAGAGCGAGAUGCUUGAGAGUCGUGGAGAGAAAGAUGUAGUCGUUUUCCCGUUGGUCUUGCAUCCGGAUACUAGUGGUAUGGCGCAUGUCAUCGGCAUGAUUGAAAGGGUGAUUAAGUGGCUGAAGGCGUGGGAAGGAGAUGUGGAGUUCUGCACUUAUGAGGAGGCGGCUGGGGAGUGGAAGGAGAAGAACGCUGUAGAAUAG